AUGACGAUUAUUACCUCAUCUCUCUCUAUUCUCGCUCGCUCGCUCGAGCUUGAGCUCCUUCUUCAAGAGUUAAUAGUGUACUGUAUGUACCCGUAUCAAAUACUCGGUACCAUACACACCCCGUAUGCACCAGCACCACCACCACCACCACCAAGCAAAGCACAGCCGCUCAAAGCUGGACCAAGACGCCCUCCAGCCAUCCUUGACCCCUUUAUCCGCCCAAUUGACCUGCCAAUGCCUCCCUCCUCCUCCCCUUUUUAUUCCCAAUUAAAUAUUUCGCAGAUCGUGCUCGGCGCAAGCAUUGGCGACGACCAGGCGGCGGCGGGAGGGGGGACGAGGGAAAGGAAGGGCGAGCAGCAAGGAAAAACGAAUAACUCGACUAUGAAGGGGGGAGGAGGAGGAGGAGGAGGAGGAAGCUUGCCCCAAGCUGUUUGUUCGCUCCCUCGUCAUGCUGCAGAUGUCGACGAAAUGAAUUUUGAAACUGCGACCAUUGCCUUUUCUCGUGCUGCCAUUGGUCCACUUGCGCUGGGCUGCAUAUUGCUUUGCCAGGGGUCAGCAAAGGGGACGAGCAGAUGCGUGUUUGGCGGCGGGCGUCGGUUCUGGUGGUUCUUCUGGGUGGUGAUACUCUUGGGUCUGGGGCUUGUUACGUCCGAGAUCAGCAAAACAAUAACAUAUGAAUAUAAACAAAACAAGCUACCCGAGCCCUUUUGCUUCUUCUUCUUCGUCUUCGUCUUCGGUUUCGGCUUCAACCUUUGGUCGACUCCCUCGCAUUGA